UUUUCCAGUUAGUCGUCGUCGCGUAGACAAGCUUAAUCCGGAGCGGGCGCCAACUAGCCGCCUGGGUAGCGCUUUUCCAGUGGAUUCAGGAGCGUCGGAUCAGCCCAGCUGCACUCUCUGGGCCAAACGGAGAGCUCCACGGAGCGUUCGAAGAAUAACAGUGAGGGGUCCGGGAUCAGAACCACGCGCCGCCAUAUUUGUUUGUGAAUUGCCAGCGUGUGUGUGUUUCAGCUCCGUUGCCUGAGUCUCCCGGUGUGUGUGCGUGCGAAAGACCACUCCAGCCCAGGCAUUCUCCAAGAAUUCCGACGAUUCCGAGCGAUUCCGCCCGAGAUUUAUUUGAAUGCGAACAGGGCUGGCAACGGGAAUUCGACUCCGAGCUCCCGGGUGUGUGUGUGUGCUGUGCCCGUGUUGCUGUGAGCCCGACUGAGAAUGUGAACGUUGGCGUGAGUGCAAGUGGCUCUGAGUGCGCGGCGAAAAAUACCCGCUUACCUAAGCGAAAAGCUCUCUGGCAACGGCCCAAGAACGCACCUGGGUACAGACAGUCACAGCGACGGCCGCAGAAAUACCUGUGGACACAAACGAGGCCAGCACACAAAGCGAAACCAGAAAGUCCACAUUUUUCGACCUGCUCUCCGCCCUUCCCGCCUCUUCCCGCCGCGCACUCGAGUGGAACACCGCUCUUUAGCUCCAGCUACCGCACUACGAGCUAGUGAUUCCGCUACGUAGCCACAAUGGGCGACUCCACGCCCAUCUGUCGGUGCCGCGUGCUCUACCUGGGCAGCGCAGUGCCGCGCCAGAGCAAGGACGGUCUGCAGGGCAUCCAGGAGCCGUUGCGCAGCCUCUAUCCCUCGGAAGGGGCAGUGGGCGCAAAGGGAAUCGACAGUUGGCUGAGCGUCUGGUCGAAUGGCAUUCUGCUGGAGAACGUGGACGAGAACCUAAAGCAGAUCACGCGCUUCUUUCCGAUUGAGUCGCUGCACUACUGCGCCGCCGUGCGGCAGGUUCUCAUCCCGGAGCGCGGAAACGCCCACCCGGAGCCGAAAUUUCUGCCGCUGGACUCGCCCUUUGCGCGGAUGCCGCGCGCCCAGCACCCACCCAUCUUUGCCGCCAUCUUGCGACGCACCACCGGCAUCAAGGUUCUCGAGUGCCACGUCUUCAUCUGCAAAAGGGAGGCCGCCGCGAACGCGCUAGUCAGGUGCUGCUUCCACGCAUACGCUGACAACUCGUACGCACGCCAGCUGGAGACGGUCGGAUCGGGCGCUAGCGUCUAUGGCACCCUAAAGAGCGCAGCCGGAAGCAAGUCCAGUGCCGACGUGCCCAGCAUAGGCCUCGGCAACGGAGCCGGAACCGAAAGUGGAUUCGGAGGCGGCAACCACCAUCUAUCUCUUUCCGGCCAGGCUGGCUGGAGGUCGCAGGCGGGGAGCACAACGACGUUGAAUAGCCUAGGGCGAGCUUCUAUCGGCCACGCCAAUGGAUCAGUGAUGGGCACGAAUGGUGGUGGCGCAGCCGAGGGUUAUACAUCCGUAAAGAACUUUUACGGCAGCAGCGCUGACCUUAACGUCACCGUUGAUGACGGAGAUGCUUCGUACAACGGCGACGAGAACCAUAAGGUGUGGAGUGGGUCGCAGGAUCAGUUGGACAGCAUUGGGGCCCAGGAAAGUCCUUAUGAGUUGUUUGCUGGAAACACCUCAACAUUGGGUAGGCCCCUGCGUGCUCGCCAGAUCAGCACUCCCAUCGAUGUGCCGCCUCCGCCCGUAAAAGAGGAGCGCAAGACAAAGCGGGACAAAAAGGUGUCCAGGUCAAGCGGCAGCCAAAGCCUCUCCGGCACCCUCAUUCGCCCGAAGCCAGUACACCCGGCGGCUCUCCAACGCUCCGGUUUCCAAGGAAUUGCAGGACCUGGCAGCAUGAUCUACGGACCAGUCUCUGGGCCUCAAGCUGCCCGUUACCACACAAUCAGUCACCGCGGCUUUCCACCAGGCCCGACCAGCCACUUGGCCCACCACCCACAGCCCCAUCCGCCACAGCACCAGGCACAUAUGAUGCACCACCCCCACAUGGGUGGCCUUCCUCCCAUGCCGAUCCCAGUUAUGAUGCCGCAGCAGUACGCUACCCUUCAAACGUCUCGCUCGACAAGCAAGAAAAAGAAAAAGGACAAAAAAAAUGGAGCGGGCGGAGGUGGAGGAGUGCCCGUCGGGAUGCCCAUAGUACCGCCCAUUUACGCCUACCAUCACCAACAACAGGGCAUGGGAGUUCCAUCCCCCCAGAUGACCCAGUCUCAAAUCGGGGAGCCACGUCCACUGGUUCUUUCAAAUCGAAAGUUGGCGGCAUCGAUGGGCAACGGACUGGAUGACUCUGGAAACUCGGGUGCGGAAUCGCCAUCGCCGGGCGGCACCGGCAUUUACAAGCGCAAAGGACACCUGAACGAGCGAGCAUUCAGUUACUCUAUACGCCAGGAGCAUCGUAGCCGCAGCCAUGGAUCGUUGGCCAGCCUGCAGUUUCAUCCGCCGGACAUAAAGAAGGAACGCGAGAUCGCCCAAAUGGUGGCUGGCCUAGACCUGAAUGAUGGUGAACGACCUAUGGGAACCAACACGUUACAGCGCAAGCAGGUCAUGACGAUGCCAAAUGGCGGAGGACAGGGUCCGGUACCUGGCCAGAACCCUCACGCUCACCUUUCACAUCCAAAUGCCAUCUACGGCCCACUGGGACCAGCCAGCAGCUUCGGAAAGCCGCGAAGAUAAGAGUUGAUAAAUCUGCAAUAACGCUUCCGGGUUGAACUACGAACUGCGGAGUCUAAAAACAGAUAGAUUUACACAACUUUGAGCGAUGCUGGUCAAAUUAAAGAAGGGAGCGAUCUAGAAUGACUAGAACCUUCCAACUGUCGUUGUUGUAUACCAGAUUAAAAAGACGGUGGCUGAACAGUUUAGCGACGCUCCAACUCAACAUAAAUGAAUAUGUGUGCCUUAUUAGGUUUAUACUAAAAUUAUGUGCGCUCGCUAGUAACCAUGAAUCCCCGAAAACCCAUAUUUUAAUAUACUAAUCAUUAUAACACGUAGUGUAGACUAUUAUAAUGCGAUCGCAAUUUUCUGACAACCAUAAUCCGACAUAAUCGAUAAGACGGGGAAACACAUUUUAAUCGUAAAUUAAUUGUAUGCUGAUUGAAUACGUACAAUAAAUACCUACAAUAAACAGUGAA